CGCCCAGCACGAGAGAGAAGAGGGCCUCUACUAGCAGUAUGGAGGAGUCUGACCUGAUGAAGGAAAGGCUACAGGCCAUCACCGAGAAGCAUCACAUUCAGGAAGACAUUAGACAGAAGAAACUGGAACUGGACCGAGAAAAACUGACACUUAAGCACCUAAAGAAAAAAGCACUGAGAGAGCAGUGGCUCCUACAAGACUCUGCUUCCCACAAUGCAACAGACUCCCCACAGCAGCAGAGCCUUUUGUCUGACCUGCAGCACACCCGAGCACUGCAGCUCAACAUCCACAGGAUAGAGAAGGAGGUGGAGUGUCUGGAGAGAGAGGAGUCUAUGAUUUCUACCAAUGAGAGUUUCAUCCUCAACAGACUGAAGGCUGUGGAGAAAAGUCCAGGGGACAUUAUCAAGGAGGCUCAGGACAGCUUUGUUCCUGAGCCAUUACAGGUCACCACAGUGACCCGUCAUGUCCCAGAAUUCCUCUCUCCAACAGCCAACAAACACUCUGAACCAAGCACACAGAGAAAAACUCUGUUUGCCAUGGAGAUCAAUGUGACUAAAAACCAUCUGACUGGAAAGAGCACAGUUCAUUCAACUGCAACAGUCCCUCCUGAGGAGAUAAACCAACACGCCGGCCUCAAGGUUUAUGACGACGGCAGGAAGUGUGUUUAUGCCUUGAAUUCACAAGAGGGGUCACAUGAUCAGAGCUGUGUGUCUGAGCUGUCAGCCAACGAGGUGGAACAGCUGCUGAGAAGCGCCACAAUGCAUCGCCAAGUAAACCAAGCAAACUACCAUCAAAAUCACAUUGGAACAGAGGAGCAUUGUUUUUACAACCACUGCGAUGAGAGAGACAGAGCGGAGGGGUUUGACCUCAGAAAGCAGCGAGGUUAUUAUGGUAACCAUCUCAUCAGAAACAACAUUGCAGAGAAAGAUUGCACUCACAGGGAAAACUGGCAGAGAAAACUAGAGGCAAACCAUGGCUAUGGUCACCAGGAAAGCCAUUACAGGUGGCAGAAAGGGAGAAAUAAUAACAAAAGCAACCUGAGCGAAGGUCAUCAGCUUGGAAGCCACAAGGGGUUGGGACAUCACUAUGGCAACCAGAAAGAUGGUCAUAGUUUGGACCAGGUGAGAAACUGUCACAGUGUUCAGGAAGACCAGCCUGCUAGCCACCACACCAGCAGCAUCAUCAGAAGCAACAGUCUGCUAAAUGGAGGCAGAGCCAAUGACUGCCCUCCUCCUAGAUCACAUGACCAGGAAGCAGUGUCUCCCUACCAAUCACAGCUCUGCUACACUCCAGCCAAUUAUAUUCCUCUCAGUGAUUAUGUCAGCGUGGAUGAAGAAGAACUUUAUUGCUACAGCCCACCCUCCUAUCACAGCAACCAUGGGAAACCACCCACUGCUCUAUACAGUGGCCCCACCCACUCUGACAGAGUACCCUCCCCCUUCUACGGAGACGAUACCCCUUACACCAUCCUCAAUGCCAUGGAGACCACUGAGCCAAUCACGGCCAUCUUCAUGGGCUUCCAGACAGCGCAGGAUGACAGUGGGCACAGUCAGGAGUUUGAGGGCUCCCUGAAGGCGGAGCUUGUCAUCAUCGAGGACAAUGAAGACAACACUGACGACAACAGAAUGAAGGGGAAGCAGCGCCACAUCCAGCUUGCAGGAAAUAGUUAUCAGACAGGAAGGUCAGCCAAUGGAAACGUGGGACGUGUGGAGGGAGUUGGAGACAGACGUAUGGACAGACGGGUGGGACCAGGUAUCAGAAAGAUCCAGAAAAAACACAAACCCUGCUGCACUGUCUGCUAACGGGACUAACUAAUGCAUGCCCGAGUGUCGAACUCAGUAACCAGCUGUAUCAGUCCGCUAACCUCAUGACUAACUGCAACCAACUGAGCUGCUGUAGCACACGUAUUGUUAACAGAAUUAAUAAUAAAGUUUAUUUGCAUAGCACUUUUCAAGACCAGCAUUUUAAAGUGCUUUAUGACAAACACAUAAAACACAACAAUACAAAAAACACAGUUAAUGUUCAACUGACCAGGCAAGUGUGUAGAAAGAGAGAAAUAAAUUGAUGAACAAUGAAUGAUUUAAAGUUGAUACGUGAAUAAAACCUAAACUAGAGCAGUGCAAGAUUUAGGUGCAACAUCAAGAGUAAUGUACAGUACAAUAAAGCCCCAUUUUCACCAAACACUUUCGGUAUAGUGUCUUUAGAACCAAAAGUAAUCCUUCAGACAUGGUACCCAGACCUUAUGUCUGUUAAGCCUUUACACCGCAAACAGUACUCUUAAAUGUGGGCAGGGUUGUUGUCACUCACUGCUCCGUCCAGCACUCGCUGUAUUUCCUCAUCACCAGUGAUACAGGGAAGUCUGCACCUCAUUUAUUGUACACAGGACAGGGUCGCAUGCCACCAUUUUCAGAACAAAAUAGAACAGGCUGCAGUGAGAGUCUUUCUCUUUCUCUCUCUCUCUCUCUGGGUUUGUGCAUUUAAUCCUUCUCAGGCAAACAUAGGGGUUUAGUGUUGCCAAAGCCCACAGGAACCAUGCUCUGUAACACUUUUUUUUCCUCCAAUGAGGAUUAGAAUACAUGCAGUUCACAUAAUCCGGUCAAAAUUAAUUUAUAUUUUUCAACACUUGAAGAUUCACUCAUUACUAAAAGUGUAUGUCAUCCAAGAGAGACAAUAAAGACUAAUGGAAUGGUCUAAGUUGUCAUUGAAAUUUAAGGUGAUGGAUGGCAGUCAUCAACUCAUGCAUUGAAUGACAUAAUAGGUAAACAUUCCACUUAAAAGUUACUGGCAGUCCUCAGUCUACAGCUGCUGCGAGAUUAGAAAAACAUCCUUUAUUUUAUAGUCAUUGUUUACUAAUAUAUGUCAGACUUGCCAUGAACAGUGAUUACGCAAGUCUCAAAACCAGCCACAACUCAGCCCUGAGCACAGUGACCGUCCUCUAUUGACCAAUCAACAGACUGCAGUGUUUCUAGCUCCACCUUUUAGUACCAGAUCUGUGUGCUAGGUACCCCAACAGAGGGGUGACUAAAAAUAGGAAUGGUAAGGAACAGUUCUGUUGGUACCAUCCACAAUUUUUCACAGUGGAAACAGAAAAAAGUAUACUGAACUCAACCGUACCGGACUGCUUGGUGGAAACGGGGUUAAGCUACGAGAACUAGGAACAGGUUGUUAAAUCUUGAGCUUGACUCAUGUGUUAAGAAACUACGGCUUAAGCUAUGCAUUGGAUGCUGUGCGCCUCUUUAAACAUGUAACCACACUUUGGGACCACAACAACUGUGAUUGGCUGCUUGUGUUUCUUCUUAGAAACACAAGCAGCCCAGUUUCUAGUCCCAGUGGAGAUUGUUAUUAGUGACGACAAUGUUAGUGAGGUUGCUCCUUUUUAGUUAAACACAUCUAGGAAAGAGCCUGAUCACUGCUGUCUAUCACAAUAAAUGGAAGAAAAUGAACGUGGCAAUUGCGUGGCAUAUUCAGUAAUGUGGCAAGGCAAAAUAGAGGUGACCUGGAUGUAUCUCCAGUUAUAAAAGUAUGUAAGUAGCCCAUAGGCUUGGGCGAUUGGACGAAUAUAUCGCCAAUCGCCCAUCGGCUGAAUCCAUAACGCUUGGUUUGCACUUUUGGGAGAUUUUUGUCAUUUUAUUUUGCUAAAUUAAUGGUCUGUCUCCACAGAAUUAAACUCGGUACAUAUAGUCCAUAAUCACUAUGUAGAGCACAAUUCAAAGUGUGUGCGUAUUGGAACUGGCAGCUUCACACUGAUUUACAACGAGUCUUUCACAAAACACGUCAGUGAUUGCGGAGCUGAAAGUUACGGCCGGGGUCCACCGGCAACGGGAGCGGCGCGACACGUCUGCAGCGCGAGUCCCGUAGCAGCUCGUCCCCCCGUUAAUCAAUUACAGCGGCUGCACCGGCAAUGGGAGCGGCGCAACAACCCCUGUCUGUCGCGCGACAACUCUCUAUUUUAUGCGGCUCUUCUAUUUUUGUCGCGCUACGCUCCCCUACGCGACCCUCCAGCAGAUAAAAACUACUAAAAUAGUGUGCUAAACGAGCACAAUGUGUUUUUAAAUGAAUAAACCAUUAUCAGAGGUGAUAUGUGAUGAUUUUUUUUCAUGCAUUUACCCAUGUUUAUCCGUGACAUUGUGUAAAUGUCCGUGGCGGACAUUUGAAAGCACGUAGAUGACAAACAGUACAGUAAACUUGUAGAUUACUCAAAUAUAUGUAAUAACUUAGGUGGAAAAUGCUUUAACUAUCAUGGCUCAGCAAACGGUAAACAAGACACUUGACGUGAUGCUUACGUUUGCAGCCGGUGGAACCCGGCCGUAACGUGAAUUCAUAUGCGCAUAUGGUUAACAAUGUUACCAGCCGUGUUAAACACCCUUUCUGAUGGCGUGCUUGUUGCCGGUAUACACAGAUAUUUCCGUGCCAUGUUGGACAUGAGUGGGCUCGCAAAGCACGCUGCAUUUUUUUGCUGCAUUCAUGUGGUGUCGGGAGAUCCGAGUUGCCGAGCUGUUUUUCUGACAUGAGGUGGCGUUAAUGUGAAUUAUCCCAUUCUGAAAGUCAUUUUUCGAUUCUUUCCGACAUCACAUGAAUGCAACAUCCCCCCUCUUUUUUUUCUUCGCCACACACACAACUGCCGAAUAUAUCGGCAACGGACGGUUGAUGGGCUGACGGUGGCCGAUUGGAAAUUUUUAACAUAUCGCCCAACCCUAGUAGCCCAGUUGUUCUAUGUCUCAAGUGAAACAGUUACUGUGGGAUAUCUAAGGAAAGCAGGACAUGACUCAAUGACGUACUACACAUCCAGGUGAAAUCCAAUGCUCAACUCAAUAUUAAAGCCUUCCCAUAGGUAUCUGUAGGGGGACUCAUGUUGACCACUUGCAUCAGGCAUACAUUUGGCUUUACCCAUGCUGAAAGCUCCACUGAUCAAUGUUUUUAUAUUACAUCAUCCAGUUUUAUGAACGGGAUGAUGUGGGCGCUGGUGACACCAUCAGCCGACAUGAGUCGAGCUCAGACCGGCCAGUUCACACUGCUGCAACUUUCCUCUGCAACAUUCUAAAAUGGUUUCAACUUACUAAACUUACUGCUACUAAGCAUGCACAGGGUUGGAGCUCUAUCUGCUCUCCUGUGGCUCCCUCUGCUGGUUCAAACAAGGUGAGGUGGUGACCUAGAUGAAACAGCAGAAAAUGAUGAGCCGCUAUAAUAACUCAGAGUAGACCUAUAGUUCAGCUAAAACUGUAUGGCAUUUCUAUUUUGAGCUCAACAAACUGUGCUGUGUUCUGUAUUACAGUGGUCUCUAAAAUUUCAGAAAAUACCUUGUGGUAAACUGGGAAAUGAAAGCACUUUAAAUAAUUUUGAUAGACUAAUGCUGCUAGAUGUUAGCCCAGUAUCAAAUCAAAUUGGUGUAAAAUAGGAGAUCUUCAUUUAAUGUAGUCUUAGGUAUGAUGCAGCAUUCAUUUGGUUUCUCAAAAUUAAAAUGAUGGAUCAACACAGUGUUUACCAGUAAUAUUUUGUCAAAACAUUUGUAAAAACAUUUAUCAGUGACACAUGGUGGAAAAGGCAAGGCAGAAUUAUUUACAGAUUAAAAUUAUCUUACUGUUCCAUAAUUCUACCAGAAAGCAUGUGAUCUAAGAACUUUUUUCUUUUUUAACAGCUGAUUCGACUCAGUUUUAUACUAACUUUAAAUGUUUGAACUGUGAACUGUUUGUCUACAGUAUGUCAGAUGAUGAGCAUGUGUAAUGAUGACUAUAAUAAACCUUUGUUAGAAAUUGAUGUUAACGGCUUGCUCUGUUUGUGCUGCUCUAACUUUCAUCACAGUGUGUGUGUGUGUGUGUGUGUGUGUGUGUGUGUGUGUGCUUGUACAUGAUACAUUGUGAGGACCAAAAAGUGUAUUUCAGCAACAGAGUGAGGACACUGCCUCCUUCUUUUUGAAACACCGUCCCCCCCUCAUGAAUAAUGAACAGUUCCUAAACUAGCAUCCUGAGAGUGAUAAUAGUUAGUGUGUGUGUGUGUGUGUGUGUGUUAGUGAGAGAGAGAGAGAGAGAGAGAGAGAGAGAGAGAGAGAGAGAGAGAGAGUACAGGAUGCAUCCUGUAGCUGACAGCAUCAGGUCUAAUGACAUUAAUGGCAGUACUUGUAUCAUUGGCACUGACAGGCAGACAACAUUCAUUUGCCACUGAUUACAAUGGUACCAUUGUUCAUGGCUGCAGUCUUCAGGGUACAUCAGCCCAACUGCAUCCACCUCCACGCACCUCAACAGAAAAAAAAAAAAGUCUCAACUCAUGGUCCACUUGCUUGCUUGUUCUUGUGCAGCGCUUUCAACAGAAUCACAUAAUGUUCAUCAGCAGAUGGAAUUGUUUUGUUAACUACUGUAUCUAAAGGCCCGAACAUACUCGGGCGUACUAUAAGCGAAGCGGACUCCGCGAGGAAUGUCCGCAGUCAUUCGGGCUUUCAUAGUCGAGCGCACUUCCACGUUGCAGUUUCCUGUAAAAAUGUCUGUGAAAAAUCCCCGCAAUGUGAAAAAUACAUGCCGAGCAGUCACUGGUGCACGGAAAUCUGAGCUUUGCGCGCACAGGGCUUGCGGACGUCCGCUUCGCGUACGUUCCACCCAAGUAUGUUCGGGCCUUAAGACAAGAAUGAUCUGUAACAUCAGAACACUGAACAGGUUGAAUAUCUCCAGGUCCACAACAACUGAAUAAACUUCUUCUGAUGAAAACAGUGUGACAUGGUGGAAAGCUCCAGAACAAGCAAGUGGAGUUGAUAUUUUUUAAUGUAAACUUCCAAGGUUCCAAGGUUGUUUUCAAAUGAGCUCAUAUUAUAUUUGUGUAUCAGAUAUUUGUGGACACUUGUUUCUUACCAGAUAAAAAAAGAGUACAUUGUAAUGUUUCUCCACAGAUUAAGAAUAAUGUAAGCCUUUUGUAGGCUUCUCCACUCAGAAUUGUGGUUGUUUUGUUGUUCUCAGCAGCAUGUAUAGACACACAAUGUAUUUCAGAAAAGAAUCCAACCUGAAACUCAAUUCAAUUCAAUUUUAUUCAAUUUUAUUUAUAAAGCCCAAUAUCACAAAUCACAAUUUGCCUCCAGUGAUGCCUUAUUGCAAUGUAGUGUGUGAAAUGUGUGAAGUGUAACACAAUAAUAUAAUUUCUGUUUUCACCAUUUUGGCUUUGAGCAAAGCACGUUUCACAGUCAGUGUGAAACUAGCACUGCCUGGUGUGGAGAUGCACUGAUGACUGUGUGUACUGU